GAAGGUGCCAUGUUGUCUAUACUCUGAGGUCUAAAUUUUUAAUAAUCUAAGAGUAAAUAAUUUGAGUAAGUAUAAAGGAAGAUAGAAAGAGUUUGAGGAAGUAUAAAGGAAGAUAGAAAGAGUUUGAGGAAGUAUAAAGGAAGAUAAGUUUGAGCAGAAAUUGAACCCCAUCGUAAAAAGGGGCACUGGCUAUCGAAAGAUAGUCGAAUCCAUCAGCAAGCAUACCGCCAUUUUGAUGGAGAAAUCUCGCCAUUAAUUAUCCUGUUCAAAGAUCACUGACAAAGCCUUGUUAUUCUCCGUAGCACAAGCCAGUAAAUUUCAACUUCUGUUUCCAGAUCCAGCUCCUUUGAGGUGCAGAAUGUGACCUUUUGCUGUUUCCUAUACCUCAUCAGACAAACUUUUGUUUCACACUCUUCUAUUGUGAAUAGCUUCUUCGAACCAAUUAUAUCAGAAAUGGAGAUAGAUUUAGAAAUUGCAUACGAAUUGAAAAGUUUGUGUUAUUUAAAUAUUGUGCUAGCGCAGAUACGAAAUAACGCCCGAUUGACAGAGGAAAACUUCAUCACAGAGAAUUAUGUCAAAGAAACCUAUCUUCAAAAACAAUAUGAAUUAUCUCUUCAAAUAGAGAUGCUACCAUUGCCCAACUGUCUAAUAAGAGAGUUAAGCCUCUUGCUUAAUAAAAUUUUCUCGGAGAUCCAAUACUUUUGGGAUUCGAAUAGCCGAAUUGGCAUUGCUGGAGAAGCACAUAUUUUAGACACACGUAACUGGAACCUUGAUGGCUCGUUAAAUGAAAAAAAAAUAGCCAAAGCUAUUAGUCAAGAUUCUAAGAUAAAUAAAUGUCAACGUUUUGUUUUGGCAUUCCAUAAUUGCUUAGAAGAAGAAGCUGCGCUUCUUUGGGACCAAUUGUCUUUACCGGAGCGAGUAGAAGCGCGCAGUUCUGGUGUUAGAUACUUCCGUAAAAACAUAUUUAUGUUUAUGUAUUUAGAAAAUAAAAGUUUCUAUACGGAUGUAAAUGCCCUCUCUUUUCGAUUAAGGAAUGUGGAGGAUGAAAGAAAAAUUGAGAAAGUUCUGAACCUGGCAAAACAGGAAAACAUGAUACCAAAAAUCAUGAGGUUUUGUUUAUCCUUAUUAAAUCCUGAACAACAGAAAGAAAUCUGUAUCAAGAAUCCAGGUGGUGUUCUGCGUGCUUUAUUAACAUGGCCAUAUCACCAACAGUUCAUCACAGUCGCCAAUUACUUCUGGAAUACCAUUCCAGAAGAGAAAUUUUGCAACAUAAUUUCACUUAUUGCUUGUGAACUUCAGACACAUCCACAGGUGGAACAGCUACAAAUUUUGAAGGAAUUUUGGGAUGCUAGCCCUGAUAAAUUUAAAGUUUACUUAAUGCAAGAAGAGCGAUUUACAUGUUUAAUCCAUUUCUUUGAUUCUCUGGAAAAUAUGACCCCAAAUUUAAUGUUAUUUCACAUUUGGAAGGGUACCUGGCCUUAAGCUUCAAAUGCUGAGACGCAGGUAAAAGUGCAUUUCUUUGGACCAUCUUCAUCUGUAAACAAACAUCUUCAUUCCUAUUUCGAAGGCCGCUCCUAAUUGUUUAAAGCGGAUCAUUUAUCAAUAGUGCGGUCGGAUUCCUAUAAAAAAUUCGUGGACCUGACCACUUUACCUGAAAGUCCUAGAGGGAAACAGUGGACUUGAUUUCCCCACGACUACAUGGACUAGUUAAAUACGAUCACAUGGUCGAACCUAAGUCAGACGUCUGUAUCAAAUGUUACCUUGGAGAAGGAUACCAUAUGAGUUAGCAUCUGAUUCUAGGAUACCAUAUGAGUUAGCAUCUGAUUCUAGGAUACCAUAUGAGUUAGCAUCUACCAUAUGAGUUAGCAUCUACCAUAUGAGUUAGCAUCUGAUUCUAGGAUACCAUAUGAGUUAGCAUCUACCAUAUGAGUUAGCAUCUACCAUAUGAGUUAGCAUCUGAUUCUAGGAUACCAUAUGAGUUAACAUCUACCAUAUGAGUUAGCAUCUGAUUCUAGGAUACCAUAUGAGUUAGCAUCUACCAUAUGAGUUAGCAUCUGAUUCUAGGAUACCAUAUGAGUUAGCAUCUACCAUAUGAGUUAGCAUCUACCAUAUGAGUUAGCAUCUGAUUCUAGGAUACCAUAUGAGUUAACAUCUACCAUAUGAGUUAGCAUCUGAUUCUAGGAUACCAUAUGAGUUAGCAUCUACCAUAUGAGUUAGCAUCUGAUUCUAGGAUACCAUAUGAGUUAGCAUCUACCAUAUGAGUUAGCAUCUGAUUCUAGGAUACCAUAUGAGUUAGCAUCUGAUUCUAGGAUACCAUAUGAGUUAGCAUCUGAUUCUAGGAUACCAUAUGAGUUAGCAUCUACCAUAUGAGUUAGCAUCUGAUUCUAGGAUACCAUAUGAGUUAGCAUCUGAUUCUAGGAUACCAUAUGAGUUAGCAUCUACCAUAUGAGUUAGCAUCUGAUUCUAGGAUACCAUAUGAGUUAGCAUCUACCAUAUGAGUUAGCAUCUGAUUCUAGGAUACCAUAUGAGUUAGCAUCUACCAUAUGAGUUAGCAUCUGAUUCUAGGAUACCAUAUGAGUUAGCAUCUGAUUCUAGGAUACCAUAAGUUAGCAUUUAAGAUACCAUAUAAGCAUCGUCUUUUUACUCGAAUCCUUUAUCAAGUAGAAUUACUCAAUAACAAAAAUACUAAUACCUGUUUGAGUAUUUGUUGGUUUUUACAGCUAUGCUAGCAGAAAUGUUAUCCUUCUCCGUAAAUUUAUUGUUGGGGUGAAGCGAACAAAUUAUAUUUCUGGAUAUCUUUGUGCGUAUGAGAUUGCAAUUCCUGCAUCCCUCAUUCCAAACUCUCUUCCAGCGAGCUCUCAAACAUGUGUGUGUGUGUAUAAUAAAUGUGCUGUCUGAAAGAACUGUGACCACGAACUUAUUGAAAAACGACAACGAUAGCUGAAUGUGGUUAUGAUCCUUAAGAAUCCUUUAUGAAAAAAGGAAAUAUGUGAAGCGAAAUCAAAACUCUAAAACAGACGAGAUAAACGUCUCGGACUUAAACGGAACUGAAUUAUUUCAUUUGGGCUCUAAAGUUUCAGUCUACUCUUACUUUAAAUAUUCAGUUUGCUCUGGCUUAAAAUAUUCAGUUUGCUCUGGCUUUAAAUAUUUAGUCUGCUCAAGCUCUAAAAACUCAAUUCAAAUUUGAAAAGGCUGAGUAUAUACUGUGAAAUCAGAAAUUUUAGUGAAAAACAAAGAAGAGAUUGGAAUCAGAAAAACUGACACUACUGCGUGCAUUAAACUGUCCCUCUCGGAUUUAUAUGCAUUACAGUUCGCCGCUGGAGGAAAGUUACAAAAGUCAAGUCCUGUGGGCUAAAAGACCGAAAGACAAUGAACUGAAAAACUUUCAGAUCAAAAACUACGAAUCGGAAAGAGACUAAGUCGCAUUUCCCCUUGCUUUAGCGAUAAAGUACCACAGCUUUUGUUUUGAUACCUUAUCAAGGGAGCGUGUAUACUAUACAGUACACGGUCUAACAGAAACAUUUUCCCAAAUAUGAGACAUCCCUGAAACGAAACACGAUAAAUCAAUGGGUGAAGUGUUAAGAAUUCUCCUUGAAGAAGGAAAUACGUUUAAUUCUCCGGAAACUCGCACCGAAGGGUCAAUUCAAAAAUGCUUUAUUUAAGAAAAACAGAAAUCCAGGUACAAAACUUUGUUACAUUUGCAGACGUCAGAAUCACGUAGCUAAGGAUUGUUUUCACAGAUGAGAAACGAGAAAAAGACUCAUCACUGCGCCAACCAGUCAACUGAAGAUCGAGAUUCUAUAUUUACUGCAUCUACACAUCAUGAAAAACUGACAAAUUGUGAUUACUGGACUAUAUACUGAUUUAAUGCAAGAAAAGUCACAAUUUUUCUUAUGAAAUGCAAAUUAAAACAUAUCUACAUCUUAAACAGUUAUUAAAAUCUCUUAAAUAAUUUGUGAAGAUUUAUAAACAUCACGUAACAGGUGUAAUGCUUAUUUGAAUGUCCAUGAAUUCACUUAAUUUGCAAAAGCUGUAUACACAAAUAUUUUAAAAUUAAAAUCAAGUAUCGUUUAUUUUUCAGAACAUUAAUCUUGGUUAUUGUUGUUUCAUGUGUUUGAAUAUUCCCCUACAAUUCUUUGCAGCUGGUUGACUGACUACCAAGUAAAUAGCCUUGGCAAACUUUGUAUUGAAAUAUUUGAAAUAUUUAAAAUGUAUUUUAAACAAUUGUUUUCUUUUACCAUUUUGCUUACCAAUGCCAUAUACACAAAUAUUUUUAAAUUAAAAUCAAGUAUCGUUUAUUUAGCAGAACAUUUAUCUUGGUUAUUGUUGUUUCAUGUGUUUGAAUUUCCCCCUACAAUUCUUUGCAGCUGGUUGACUGAUUACCAAGUCGAUAACCUUGGCAAACUUUGUAUUGAAAUAUUUAAAAUGCAUUUUAAAAAUUUGUUUCUUUUACCAUUUUGCUUAAAAUUACUUUUAAGGGUUUUUUAAUAUAUAUAUAUAUAUAUAUAUAUAUAUAUAUAUAUAUAUAUAUAUAUAUAUGUGCGAAGUACUAAAGCCUAAAGCGUAAUGUGUUGAAGGUAACACGUAAUAAAAUGUUUUUAUAUCAGUUUUGAAAAUAUUUGUUUCUUAAAAACUGUAAAUAUAGAUUAAAAAUCAAAUCAAUAAAAAAAUUGUUUGGGAAGGGGAAAAGAUCCCUUCCCUUCCUCCUCCCCAAAAUAGUUCCCUAAGUUUCCCUAUAAAGCUAGAUUCGUACCUGUAAAUACGUAGAAGAAUUUCGUCCUUUUCUAUGGUCUUUGAAAGUAGGAAUAAUCCGUUCUGUAUGUUUUCCCACACCUGAAUAGAGACAUUGAAAUAUUAUGAAUCUAGAAUAUAAAACUGUUUAAAAAAUGCUAUUUCUCCUAAAUGCAACUCAUUAAUGCUUGAAUUUUGCGUUUGCUGGUUUUAGAUCCUACGAUAAACUAUUGUCAAGAAUAUAACUUUUUUAGUUUAUAUACAUAUAUGUGUGAUUAAUUUAAUGAUAGUUAAAUUGUUAACUAUCAAAUGUUACUAAACUACAAAAUGUUAUUAUUUUUUUAGUUAAUAUUAAACAUGCAUUUAUUUGUUUGAAUUCAGAGUGUUAUAACCUUGCUCAUUAUUACAAAAAAGAGUUUUACAAUCAAACUGUUUACCAUUUCUUUUAUUUGUGGUUUUCAGCUUUGAUUUGUUUUAAUUUCAUUGAAUGUUUGAUUUUCCUUGUCAUGUGUUAUUCUACAAACUAUAUUGAAGCAUUGUGCGAUCUAAAUUUUCUAUUUAUAUAUUCGUAUAUUUACAUUUCAGAAGAUUUUAUGCCUUUCUAAUGCUCUGCAAAGGUUCAUGUACAUAUUCAGAAUUAUUUGAUGGAACUGGUGCUAAAAAUAUAUGGAACAGACGUAUAUAAAAAUGCAUAUUUUUUUAUCAUAGGCUUAAAAAAACAAUAGUUAUGAUGAAAAUAAGAAGUGCAUCCCUCUCCGUGAUACGGGUUGCCUAUUCAGCAAUUCAUAAUUUUUAAAUUCAGAUUUUUAACAUUUCAACUGAUUUGCUGCUCAUCAAGUGCUCUAAGAAAAUCGCAGAUCCCAUUAAUGUUCUUAUCUUCGGAUGAGGCUUGUUCUGAAAAAUAUACCUCAGUGAAUAGAAAGAUAAAUAUGACAAAAUAGAGGGUUUUAGACAGGGGUGAGGCAUUUUUCAUUUAAGAAAAAGAUCUUAUUUCCUUAAGCACUUCAUAUAAACCAAUGAGCAGCUUAUCAGGCGCUGAAAGCCGAAAUAUGUCAUUAGCCAAAUCUAAAUUCUAAAAUAACGUCUGUAGAUAUCCAGCCUCCUUUUAAUUUCAUGUACAUGAAGAAAUAAAUAUUGUAGUUGCUUGAGUGUUUGUAUCCAAUAAAUAGUCCUUGAUUGUC